AUGGGAGUACUAGAUGCAAAUGCACAACAACAAGAACAACGAGAAGUACACCUAUCGAGUGGUGUAUCUAGCAUGAUUAAGGAAACAUGGCUGGAAUCAAAGAAGAUAUGGCAAAUCGCAGGUCUUUCAAUCUUCAGCCACUUAGCCAUGUUCUCUAUGACUGUCAUAACCCAAUCAUUCGCUGGCCACCUCGGUGACCUUAGUCUUACGGUAUGUGUGGCUAAUGAACUAGGUGCAGGCAAUGCAAAAGGUGCCAAAUUUGCAACCAUUGUAUCCUUGUUGAUCUCUCUAGUGGUUGGACUAUUUCUUGCUGGCAUUCACUAUUCUGCUCAAUUGCAUACAGCCGAGUUCUUUCAGGGUAUAUGGGCUGGAAUGAUUAGCGAAACUGUGGUUCAAACAUUGCGGUUUGAUAACAAUACACGAUAUGGUUUACAGGCAAAGAAAGCUAAAAUCCACAUAACUAAAGAAGCAGCCUCAACCUAA